AUGAAGAAUCUCGUUGAUCUGCAUGGCACUGUUAAAGGUUGCUUCCUUGUGUCUCCUCUGACAUCGUUCGAUUUCACAACUGCGGCGUAUCAAAAAAGGUUCAAUGCCGAUAUUUUAAGCAGGAAGGUUGUGCAUAAAUGGGGAGACUACCUUGUGGAAAACUCUCCCUGGCUAGAAGAGAUUUCUGCAGGUAGUGGCUGGGGAAUGGCACUGGAUGUGCCGGAAAGCUGGUGGCGGAAUUUUAAGGCUGUUGAUCGUAUUCUAUUGACAGGUGGUUAUGAAGAGGUCUUCAGUGAUCACAUACAGCAGCUGGGAAAUAUGUUAAAAAGGCAAAGCCAAGGGACUGUGACGCUCCAUAUGGGCAACGAAACCCACGAUACACCAUUGAUGGAUUUCAUAUCAGGCAGGCGCCCGAGUGAAACGACCAACACCAUUACGAGUUUUGUGAUAUCUUGCUUCAAAGGAUAA